AUGGCAUCUGCGGAACCUCCAUCCCUUCUUUCGCCUGAUGGUACAGACCAGUCAGAUAAACUCUCUCUACUCUACUAUGCCUUAGUUAUGAUUGGAUUAACAUCUCUUCUUCUUGUUGUAUACAAAUUCGUUGUUGUGGAAUGGUGUAGACCUUUCCGAUCACAAGUUCAAAGAUUACGCCAAAGUUCAAACGAACCACAAAUCCUAAAUGCCACAACAAGUCAGAGUUUUGAUGAAAAUUCAUUUACGCAGUUAAUUUCUACAUAUAAGUAUGAGAAGAGUGAUGAGAACAAAGAGGAUAGUUUCAAUAAUGAAUGUGUUGUGUGUUUAUCGACAUUUGAAGAUGGGCAAGAUGUUCGACAAUUAUCAAGAUGCAAACACUCAUUUCAUGCUCCUUGUAUUGAUAUGUGGUUAUAUUCUCAUCCAGAUUGUCCAAUUUGUCGUUCCAUGGUCGGACCACCGAUUUCUGGUAGCAUAAGUUUUACAGAUGAAGAUAUUCCUCCGCGAGAUAUCGUUGAUUUUAAUGUACAGUUGGUGGCUGUUGUGGUGGUUGUUGUUGUUGUGGAUGAUGUUGCAGUGGAGGUGCUGGUGGUGGUGGUUGUGAAGGUGCUGGUGGUGGUGGCUUUUGUUAGGGAUGGUGGAAUGAACUGGGGAUCGACUUAA